CUAACCUGCGCAUCUGGUCACACUCUGGGCAAUAAAUAAAGGAAAAGGCGGAAGGUUUUGUUAAGAAAAUUAACAAAAUUAGGUUAAAUUCUAGACGACUUACGACACCGCACCGCACCACACGACAAAAAUGCCGCGAUACAGGGAGUGGGAUUUGGCCUGCAAGGUGUAUGUGGGCAACCUGGGCUCCUCGGCCUCCAAGCACGAGAUCGAGGGGGCGUUCGCCAAGUACGGACCACUGCGGAAUGUGUGGGUGGCCCGCAAUCCGCCCGGCUUCGCCUUCGUGGAGUUCGAGGAUCGCCGGGACGCGGAGGACGCAACGCGUGCCCUGGACGGAACGCGCUGUUGCGGCACCAGGAUUCGCGUGGAGAUGUCAUCGGGUCGCUCCCGCGAUCGCCGGCGCGGAGAGGGCGGCAGCAGUAGUGGACGAUCUGGUUCCGGGCGCUACAGGAUAACUCCUUCGGCUAGAACUACUUCCACUGCUACUUCUUCCUUCUACAACAUCAACAAUCUACAACAGCAACCAUCUUCACAGCCACAGCCAGCAACCUUCAACUUGCAACUCUAAAUUAUCCAUGUUCAGCGUCACAGCCUCACAGAAGUUUUGAUUAGCAACCCCAAUGAUUUCAUCCUAGAAGAAGCAUUGCAGUCGCCAAAAGAGUUCUACUAAUGAAGUUAUCCUGCGUAUCCCUCGAAUAAUUGCUUACAAUUAUUUUCUUUAAUUUAGUUGCCAAAGACCAGGGCUCAACUAGUCGGUUUAAUGAUUAAUAUUUAGUUUUCAGGGUCAGCUUUCUCGAA